GAGUUUUCAUGCCAACAAGUUUUUUUAUUCUUCGAAUAAACAUAAAAAAUGUGAACCCUUGUGAGUUGUAUAGCUCUAGGAAAGCAAGAGUCCUUCGUUCUCAUCGAUGAAUGAAUAAACUAAACCAUUAAAAUAUAUCCUAAAUUAGAAUAUCCGCUGGACGAAUCAGAUCGAUCCACAUAGCAGGAAACAAGUCGUUGCGUUUGCGUUCGUUCGCCAACGAAUCAUACAUUGUUAUUGUCACUGAGACGCCGUCGAAAAGGAGAUCGUUGGGAUUCUGAAACGAUGGGGAGCUUGGGGACGUUACUGAGGUAUCCGGAUGAUAUAUACCCGCUCCUGAAGAUGAAGCGAGCGAUCGAGAGAGCGGAGAAGCAGAUCCCGCCUGAGCCACACUGGGGCUUCUGCUACUCAAUGCUCCACAAGGUUUCUCGCAGCUUCUCUCUCGUUAUCCAGCAGCUACGUCCCGAGCUUCGUAACGCUGUGUGCGUGUUCUACUUGGUUCUUCGAGCUCUUGAUACUGUCGAGGAUGACACAAGUAUACCAACGGAUGAAAAGCUGCCCAUCCUGAUUGCUUUCCACCGUCACAUAUACGAUACUGACUGGCACUAUUCAUGUGGUACGAAUGAGUACAAGGUUUUGAUGGACCAAUUUCACCAUGUUUCUGCAGCAUUUUUGGAACUUGAUAAAGGGUAUCAAGAGGCUAUCGAGGAAAUAACCAAAAGAAUGGGUGCGGGAAUGGCCAAGUUUAUCUGCCAGGAGGUAGAAACUGUUGAUGACUACGAUGAGUACUGCCACUAUGUUGCUGGGCUUGUGGGUUUAGGUCUGUCUAAACUCUUCCUCGCUUCAGGAUCAGAAGUUCUGACUCCAGAUUGGGAUCAUAUUUCCAAUUCAAUGGGUUUAUUUCUUCAGAAAACAAACAUUAUUAGAGAUUAUCUUGAGGACAUCAAUGAGAUACCAGAGUCCCGCAUGUUUUGGCCUCGUAAGAUUUGGGGCAAAUAUGCUGACAAGCUAGAGGACUUAAAAUACGAGGAGAAUUCGACGAAAGCAGUGAACUGCUUGAAUGAAAUGGUCACCAAUGCCUUGACGCAUAUUGAAGAUUGCUUGAAGUACAUGGCUGCGUUGCGUGAUCCUUCUAUAUUUCGGUUCUGUGCCAUUCCCCAGAUCAUGGCGAUUGGAACACUUGCAUUAUGCUACAACAAUGUACAAUUAUUUAGAGGAGUCGUAAAGCUGAGGCGAGGUCUAACUGCUAAAGUAAUUGAUCGCACAAAGACAAUGGCUGAUGUCUAUGGUGCUUUCUAUGAUUUUUCUUGCAUGCUUAAAACAAAGGUCGACAAGAACGAUCCAAAUGCCAGUAACACGCUAAACCGACUUGAAGCCAUGCAGAAAGUCUGCAGAGACACUGGAGUCCUUCAAAAGAGAAAAUCUUAUGUUAAUGACGAAGGACAAUCCAAUGUCUAUAUUGUAAUGCUUGUGAUUCUACUGGCCAUAGUCUUUGCAUAUCUCAGAGCAAACUGAGUGAUCAGUGAUGGACAUUGUGAUUCUUAGGUUCCAAUUUUAUUCACGCCACUCUCUUUCCUUAGAAACUGAAUCAUAUUCAAGAUUGUUUUCCAGAACAAGAGAGUUUAAACUUGGUUUGAUCCUCUAAACCCCCAUGGAUUCUAUUUUAGUUAUCUUAUCUUUAUCUGUAGGUGUAAUAAUCGUGCGCAUUUAUUCAUCUAUUUUUCUCCUUUGUGUUUG